ACAAACUCCCCGCUGAUUUGCUGUUGCUUUCCUCUGCUCUCGCCAAUCAGACGCGUGGCUCCCGGGGAACGGUCUCCACGCGCAUGAGGCGGGCUGGUGGCGUCUCGGGAGCGAUGGAGCGGGACCGGGGAGAGUUGGUGUCUGCCUUCUGCCACAAAACUUCAUCUUUGGAGCGGGUGGAGGAGGAAGGUGAUGACGAUGAGGAGGAUGAUGAAUUGGACAUCUUUGGGGGUUAUGACAGCCUCACGUGCUACAACAGCAGCAUGGGCAGUGACAGCAGCUCCUGUCUGGAGGAGUCUAGUGAUGAUGAGGUGGCAGACCAGGAAACUGGAGAGCUUUCAACCUCUCCAAUGCACCAGCCAUCAACAGGCCGGCUCACGGAGGACAGUGGCUCUGAGCCAGCUGUGUGUGAAAUGUGUGGGAUUGUGGGCACCAGGGAGGCUUUCUUCUCCAAGACCAAACGUUUUUGCAGUGUUUCCUGCUCCAGAAGCUACUCCUCAAAUUCCAAAAAGGCUAGCAUCCUGGCCAGACUGCAGGGGAAACCGCCAACAAAGAAAGCUAAAGUUCUGCAUAAGGCAUCUUGGUCAGCCAAGAUUGGGGCCUUCCUCCAUUCACAGGGCACGGGACAGCUGGCAGAUGGGACACUGACAGGUCAGGAUGCACUUGUCCUGGGCUUUGACUGGGCAAAGUACCUGCAGGAACACAGCUACAAGGCAGCUCCUGUCAGUUGCUUCAAACACGUGCCCCUCUUCGAUCAGUGGGAUGAUGUGGUGAAAGGUAUGAAAGUGGAAGUGCUGAACAGUGAUGCUGUGCUCCCCAGCCGUGUGUACUGGAUUGCAUCUGUCAUCCAGAUUGUAGGAUACAGGGCCCUUCUGCGAUAUGAGGGCUUUGAGAACGAUGCUGGUCAUGACUUCUGGUGCAAUUUGGGCACAGUGGAUAUUCACCCCAUUGGCUGGUGUGCCAUCAACAGCAAAAUCCUGGUACCACCACAAACUAUCCAUGCCAAGUACACUGACUGGAGAAGUUACCUCAUGAAAAAACUGGUGGGAGCUAGGACCAUCCCAGUGGAUUUCCACAUGAAGAUGGCAGAGAGCAUGAAGUACCCGUUCCGGCAGGGCAUGCGGGUCGAGGUGGUGGAUAAGAACCAUGUGUCCCAGACACGUAUGGCAGUGGUGGACACAGUGAUUGGGGGCAGACUGAGACUCCUCUAUGAGGACGGUGACAGUGAUGAUGACUUCUGGUGCCACAUGUGGAGUCCCCUCAUCCAUCCUGUGGGCUGGUCGCGGAGAGUGGGCCAUGACAUAAAGAAGACAGAAGAAAAACGUAAUGACAUGGCAAACCAUCCCACCUUCCGGAAGAUUUACUGUGAUGCUGUCCCCUAUCUGUUUAAGAAGGUACGAGCUGUCUAUUCUGAAGGUGGAUGGUUUGAGCGAGGCAUGAAACUAGAAGCCAUUGACCCCCUGAAUCUGGGCAACAUCUGUGUGGCCACUGUUUGCAAGGUUCUCUUGGACGGGUAUCUUAUGAUCAGCAUUGAUGGAGCAACGUCUGAUGAUGGCUCUGACUGGUUCUGCUAUCAUGCCUCCUCACACGCCAUCUUCCCAGCCAACUUCUGUAAGAGAAACAGCAUCGAACUGACGCCUCCAAAAGGGCAUGAUGCAAAGACAUUCAGCUGGGAAUGUUACCUGGAAGAGACCAAAUCACGACCUGCUCCGUCACGGCUCUUCAACACAGACUGUCCAAACCAUGGCUUCAAGGCAGGCAUGAAGGUAGAGGCAGUAGACCUGAUGGAACCUCGGCUCAUCUGUGUGGCAACAGUGAAGCGUGUAGUCCAACGUCUCCUUAGCAUCCAUUUUGAUGGCUGGGACAACGAGUAUGACCAGUGGGUGGACUGCGAGUCUCCAGACAUUUAUCCUGUGGGGUGGUGUGAGCUGACAGGCUACCAGCUUCAGCCACCUGUGGUUCCAGAGCCCACAACUCCAGCGAAGGCCAAGGAGGUGCCCAAGAAGAAGAAGAAACCCUAUGGAAAGAAGAGAAAAAAGUUACCUGCCAAAACCCGCAGUGUCAAGCAGACUGUCAAGAAGCUUUCUGUCAUGCAUUCAAAACGAGAAGCAAAAGCUGCCAGCCAGGCUUUGCCAGAGCCAACACCUGAUGAGAUCAUUGCUGUGCGGGUGAAAGAAGAAACCAUUGACCCUUCAGAUGCAGCAUUUGGAGAGACAGAUCUUCCUGUUCCCAUCAGCAGCAUAAAGCAGGAGGACACAGACUGAUCUGGAGCAUUUCCCAGCUGCCCACAGCAGCUUCACCUUGUGGCUCUUUAGGGAAAAUCCUGGUAAAGGGAAACAGAACCAAAAGGGCCUUCCUUUUUUAAAGCAGACAACCCUGCAGUAUCAUGAACUCUGCUUUCCUGGUGUGCAAGAAAAUUUCGCCCAGACUUGUAAUAUUAAGCCCUGGGAAACAGCUGAAAGACUGCAGACAUGCUGAGGACCAUGACCAGGGGAGCUGCUGUGGUUGUGCACCUUUGGAGCAGGAGCUCAAAACAAGGAGAGGCUGCCAGAGCACAGAAGGCCAGUUUGGGUUCUUGGCUGCGGCUGAAGGUGACAAGCUGCUGUCCAAUGUGAUGAGUGCAGGAAAGGAGCUGCCCCCAUAGGACUUUAGUGCUGUGCUCUCUGGUCUAAGUGCUGCGAAUCCCAAGAAAAUCAGGACAGGAAGAGUGGAAAGAGGUGAAGAAACAAAAGAGAUGAUGAUGCCUGCUGAAGAAGUGAGACCUUUUUUCAUAGAAUCCUAAAAUGGUUUGGGUUGGAAGAGGACCUCAAAGACGUCAAGAUCCUCAUCUAGUUUCAAUACCCCUGCUGUGGGCAGGGACACCUUCCACUUGACCAAGUUGCCCAGAGCCCCAUCCAACCUUGAACACUUCCAGGGAUGAGGCAUCCACGACUUCCCUGGGCAACCUGUUCCAGUGCCUCACCACCCUCACAGUAAAGAAUUUUUUCCUAAUACAUAA